GGGCGCGGUGGCGCUGGCGGGAAAAGGCGGCGUGGCGGGACGCUGCGGGGCCGGGAGCGGGUAUGGCGGUGCCCUUCGUGGAGGACUGGGACCUGGUGCAGACGCUGGGCGAGGGCGCCUACGGGGAGGUGCAGCUGGCCGUCAACCGCCGCACCGAGGAAGCUGUGGCCGUGAAAAUCGUGGACAUGAAGCGAGCUGCCGACUGCCCGGAGAACAUCAAGAAGGAAAUCUGCAUCAACAAGAUGCUCAACCAUGAAAACGUCGUCAAAUUCUACGGGCACCGGCGGGAAGGUGCCACGCAAUACCUGUUCCUGGAGUACUGCAGCGGCGGCGAGCUCUUCGACCGCAUCGAGCCAGAUAUCGGGAUGCCGGAGCCGGAGGCGCAGCGUUUCUUCCAGCAGCUGAUCGCCGGCGUGGUCUACCUGCACAGCAUCGGCAUCACCCACCGCGACCUGAAGCCCGAAAACCUGCUGCUGGACGAGCGAGAUAACCUGAAAAUCUCCGAUUUUGGCUUGGCCACCGUCUUCAAGCACAACGGCCGGGAGCGGUUGCUCAACAAGAUGUGCGGCACCCUGCCCUACGUGGCCCCCGAGCUGCUGCGGCGCCCCGAGUUCCGGGCCGAGCCCGUCGACGUCUGGGCUUGCGGCGUGGUGCUGACCGCCAUGCUGGCCGGAGAGCUGCCCUGGGACCAGCCCAGCGAUAGCUGCCAGGAAUACAGCGAUUGGAAGGAGAGGAAAACCUACCUCCCGCCUUGGAAGAAGAUCGAUUCGGCGCCCUUAGCUUUGCUGCACAAGAUCCUGACGGAGAGCCCAACGGCGAGGAUCACCAUCCCCGACAUCAAGAAGGACCGGUGGUACAGCAAACCCCUCAAAAAGGGCAUCAAGCGGGCUCGUGUCUCCUCAGGGGGAGUCACCGACUCCCCCGGCGGCUUCUCCAAGCACGUCCGCUCUGAUAUGGACUUCUCACCGGUGAAGGGCGGGCUCAGCGAGGAGAAGGCGAGCUACUCCACGUCGCAGCCGGAGCCCGGCACUGGUGGGGCGCUCUGGGAGAGCGGCACGGCCAGCAUCGACAAGCUCGUGCAGGGCAUCAGCUUCUCCCAGCCCGCCUGCCCCGAGCACAUGCUGGUCAACAGCCAGCUCCUUGGCACCCCAGGCUCCUCCCAGAGCCCGUGGCAGCGGCUGGUGAAGCGGAUGACGCGUUUCUUCACCAAACUGGAUGCUGACGGCUCGUACCGCGCCCUGAAAGAGGCGUGUGAGAAGAUGGGGUACGGCUGGAAGAAGAGCUGCACGAACCAGGUCACCGUCUCGACCACGGACAGGAGGAACAACAAGCUCAUCUUCAAGGUGAACCUGGUGGAGAUGGAGAGCAAGAUUUUGGUGGAUUUUCGCCUCUCCAAGGGUGACGGCCUGGAGUUCAAGAGGCAUUUCCUGAAAAUCAAGGGCAAGCUCAGUGACAUCAUCAGCACCCAGAAAGUCUGGCUGCCCACCACCUGAGCCCCCUGCAUCCCGCCUGCCUCCUCUCCUUCCUCCUCCUCCUCCUCCUCCUCCUCCUGGCGGGGCUCCCAUGGCAGCACCCCAAUGCCCUGAAGGCGACCGACCGCGCGCUCCGAAUUUUAAAGGUUCAAUAAAGCCCUGGAGGGGGGGAAGGGGGGCGAAGCCGCGCCGCUCGCUGCAAGGGCAAGGUUGCAAUCGGUCCUGUCUUGCCAUGGCAGGUGCUGGGCACGGCAGGCGGGUGCACCCGGGGGGCUGGGGUGCUGCAAACGGGGGGCCCUGGGGUGCUCCACAACCCCGCAAUUAAAUAAAGGUAUUAAAAAGUAGCAAUUAGGGAUCAAUCCCCUGCCCCCCCCGGCUUAUUUUCACCCUAAAAAGGGGCCGCGGCACCAUUUUGCCUCAUUACCCCAAUUAACCCCGUUCAGUCCAGAGCAAUUUUGACCCAAACCCUGAGAUUUGCCACCAAAAACCCUCCCCAGGGAUGCGGGGGCACUGCUCUGCAUCGGUGUGAUAUAACCUGUCUUAUUCUGUGUUUUGGGUGCAAUAAAGCAUUUUUGGUUUAAAUUUUGGGGGGAUCUCAAUGAGCGCGGGGCUUGUUCACUCUGAAACCUACUGAUGUUUGCUCUGAAACCUGGUGUCGUUCACUCUGAAACCUACUGACGGCACAGCAUUUGUUCAGUCCGCGUAAAUCCCACUCCGGGAUCUCUGCUGAGCUGUGCAGCCCUAAACCAUCCCCGCCCUCCAAGAUUUAAGGGCUGACACCCCCCCGCUGCCCCGCUGCCCUCAUUUUCCAACCUCUCUAAUUGCUUUUCGGAAGGGCUAAUGAGUGGAGAGCUGCCAGGGGUUGUUAGCGCUGGAGCGAGAGAGGAGAGCUGGGGAUUAACCCCUUCCCACCCCCCAAAAAAAAAAGAACAUCCCCCCCAAAACCCCCACCCCAGGGUGCAGACCCCGAGAUGCCUCCAUGCUGUCUCCCCAAAGCUGCCUCAGCUGUUAAUUAUUGGGGUAGAAAACGCUCUUUUUACUUGUUUCCCCCCCUUUUUUGUUUGAAAUUGUUUUAAUAUCCCUUUCCUUGGCCUUUUUCUUUUUUUUUUGGUGGGAACCCAUCCUUGGGCGAAACAAUUAGUGGCGAUUUUUUAAUUGCAUAUUUAUAUUGCAGCUGGGGAGCGAGACCCCGGCAGCGGGCGAGGGGGAAGCAGGAAGACGCCGCCUCCGACCUUGUUUGCUUUUCAGCCGGGAUUAAGCGCUUUUAAUUGUCCCGGAGAUCACAGAUUGUGGCCGGGGGGGAUAAUUAGGCUGAAUACAGGGUUUUCUGGUUCAUUCCCCCCAGGAAUUUAUAUUUUUAAGGGCAAAAAAAUAUAAAAGCUUUGGGGAUGC